AUGACCAGACUUAUCUUCGUCAUUCCUCUCGUCGUUACGACAUAUCUCUGGAACAUGAUUCCACGGUGGAAAUUUCAACCUCGCGGUGAUGAGAAGAAUGGACUUGAAUUGAGGGCAGCGGUAGGUAUUUCUCUUACAGCAACCCAUGGAACCCUCUCCCUGAGAAAUCCGGACGGAUCAUUCGAAGAUAUCGGUCGUGUCGAGGGCUCUGACGAGUACAUAUCAAUGAUGAAACGACUUUCAGCGCCGUCGGCAAAACACAUCAGUCCCCCAUAUUCAACAAUGGAAGACCUCUGGGACGACAUCCCCCGCGUCUUCCUGCAAAACGUACGAAAGAAACUCGGUCUUCCCGCCUCAUCAGACGCUGGAAUUCUAGCUAAAUUGCUGCGCUCACUUCUAACACUCCACCCACUCAAAUCAACUCAAUCAGUCGUGAUAAGCUAUCCCCCAGUAAUGGCCCUGUACAACGACGACAUUAUCCAAACGGCCAUCUACCUCAACAUCCCUCUUCAAACCGGAAUAUUGUUCCAGUCCCGUGAACUAGUCGCCGCCUUCGCCGGCCACGGGCUAGGAUUGUGUGAACACCCUGAGGAUCGGGACGGUUGCUAUGAUGAACUCCAAAGACUACCAGUGAAGCAGGUUUUUCACGUCGAGUAUACAGCCAAAGCGAUGCUCUUUCAUACCGCACCGUUACGCGGUGCGAUUGAUCUCGCGGAUUCUGAUAUCCGCGCAGUGGCGCUAUGGGAUAUGGGUGGUGAGGCACGAGGGGAGAAGGAUUACGUGGAGAAACUGAGGGACUAUGUUUUGAAGUUUGUAAAGGAGGGACGGUUCAGUGAGGAGUGGGAGACGGUGGUUGUGAUGACUGGUGAUGAGGAGUGUGUGGGGGAUGAGGAGGUCAAGGAUGUGAUUAGAGACGGUUUGAAGAUGGCUGGGAUUACAGCGGUGAGGAUUCUGGAUGCGAGGCCGGAGUUUGUUGCUGCUAGAGGUGCUGCGGAGUUGUGUUUUAGAGGAAGAGUGAGCAGAGAAGCUGGAGAGCUGCGGUGA